AUGACCAACAGCAGCAGGGAAUGCGCCUUUACAGAUGUCGACAAAUUAGCAAAGACCCUGCAGUUCGGGAUCUCCAUCCCCACCUUCGUUCUCGGGCUGCUUCUCAACACCCUGGCCCUCCUUGUGUUUUGCUGCUUUUGGAAGAAACAGACCAAAACCUCAGUCUAUAUGAUCAAUCUUGCACUCGCAGACAUGUUGCUGAUUCUCUCGCUCCCACUCAAGCUAUACUACUCUGUCACAGAAGCUCCAGGUCUCCUGUGCGCAUUCAUACAGUCUCUCUAUUUCGUCAACAUGUACGUCAGUAUCUUCGUCAUUGUCUGCAUUACUAUUGACAGAUACAUCUGCAUAAGGCACCCCUUUGAGGGUAGAGCUAACCAAUCCCCUAAAUGGGCUAUCUUGAUUUGUGGCUUCAUCUGGGCAGUGGCUUGGCUUUGCAGCAGCCCACUGUAUGUGUUUCAAGAUAAAACAUGUUUAAAAUGCUUCCACAACAUGUCAGACAAUACCUGGAGCAUACCUAUGAUUGUUUCUGUGGAAAUCUUUGGAUUUCUGAUCCCACUCACAGUGAUGGUUUUCUGCUGUGCCCAAAACAUCUGGACUCUUCUGAAUCAUAAAAGUCAAGCUGAAAGUAUGGUAGAAAGCAGCAGCUCCUUACGAGUCAUUAUGAACCUCGUGGUGUUUUUGGUGUGCUUCACACCCAUCCACCUUGGGAUUUGCCUACAGUGCCUGGUAAGACAGCAUGUGAUAAAGGAUUGCAGUCUGAAACAAACCAUCAGCCUCUUCAUUCAGGUGUCGAUGACAUUAGCCAACCUGAACUGCUGCCUGGAUGCCAUCUUUUAUUACUUUGCUGCAACAGAAUUUCGUGAGAAAACACACCUGAAAAAGGUUAUUGAACGAUGUCCUGUCUUCAAGCCUUGCCCUGCAUGA